AUGGCAUACACAAGUAUGUUGGUGGCACUGGCUGUAGUGGGUACGGCCAUGUGCAUGAAUCUGGAGAAAAUGCAGAAGACAAAUGUUCUCUAUUUUGAAUCUAGCAGGGAUCAGACUGAAAAUAAAAAGGCUACUUGUUGCGCAGACCAUACCCACUGCUGUCCACAAGGCUACACAUGUGAUGUUUCUGCUGGCACCUGCAAAAAGGGUGAUGAUGUAGUCAGCUGGUUGACCAAAGUAGCAGCAAAACCUGUGAAAGCAACAGUUACAUGCCCAGAUAAAUCUGAGUGCCCAGAUGGCAAUACCUGUUGUAAAUUAGCAUCUGGCCGGUAUGGAUGCUGUCCAUUAAAGCAG